AUGGCAACCGACUACAAGUUUGAAGGAUGGCUCGGCCACAACCCGGAGUCCGCCAACGGGAAAAUGGAAUGGGGUCCUUUCGAGCCCAAGAAAUGGACCGAGAAUGACGUCGACAUCCAGAUCACUCACUGCGGCAUCUGUGGAUCAGACAUACAUACCCUUCGCUCAGGUUGGGGUGCAACUGCGUACCCAUGUUGCGUUGGCCACGAAAUCGUCGGCAAGGCCGUCCGCGUGGGCGCCAACGUUAAUCACAUCCGUAUUGGAGAUCGAGUAGGUGUCGGCGCCCAAGCCCGGAGCUGCCUUCGUCCAGAUUGUCCAGAGUGCUCUCGCGGCGAGGAAAACGCAUGCACCCGGGAGCGCGUCGACACAUACGGCUCAUUUUACCCCAAUGACGAGGGAAAGUCUAUGGGUGGAUACGCGGAUUACAACCGCACCAACGGCCGUUUCGUCGUCAAGAUCCCAGACGGGCUGUCUUCUGAGGCUGCUGCGCCAAUGCUGUGUGGCGGCAUCACGGUAUAUGCGCCGCUCAGGAAUAACGGUUGCGGACCAGGCAAGAGCGUGGGCAUCGUCGGCCUCGGUGGGCUGGGCCACUUCGGUGUGCUUUUCGCCAAAGCUCUCGGCGCUGAUCGGGUGGUGGCCAUUUCAAGACGACGUACAAAAGAAGCCGAUGCGCUUGCGCUCGGGGCGGAUGAGUAUAUUGCUACAGCUGAUGAUGUGAAGUGGGCGUCCAAACACCGACGUACUCUCGAUCUCAUUAUCUGUACUGUUUCCAGCUCGGAUAUGCCUCUUGAGGGGUAUCUCAGGCUGUUAAGGUGGGAGGGAUCGUUCAUUCAAGUUGGAGCACCUGAUGGAGGCAAGAUGCCGGAGAUUAGUGCAUUUACUCUGAUCAUGAACAGCAUCAAAGUCGGCGGCAGUAACAUUGGAUCCAUUAACCAGAUAAAUGAAAUGCUGGACUUUGCAGUCAAAAAGAACAUCAAACCACGGAUUCAGACACGCUCAAUGUCAGACGCGAAUCAGGCCAUCGUUGAUAUGGAGGAGGGUAAGGCGCGGUACAGAUAUGUCCUAGUUAACGAGAAGCAUGCAUGA